AUGGAUGGAAGGGCGGUUCAGCUUCAGCAGAAACUUUUUGAUUAUACUGCUUCUCUAUUCAACGAGGGUUUUUUGGAUGAACAAUUUAAGCAGCUUGAACAGCUUCAAGAUGAAACAAAUCCAGAUUUUGUUGUUGAAGUUGUUACUCUCUUUUUUGAUGAUGCUGAGAGGCUUCUCAAUGAACUCACAACAUCACUAGGUCAAGAAAACAUUGAUUUUAAAAGGUUGGAUGCUUAUGUUCAUCAAUUAAAGGGUAGCAGCUCCAGCAUUGGUGCACAAACAGUUCAUAAAGCCUGCAUUUCAUUCCGCAACUUUUGCGCAGAAAAAAAUAUUGAAGGGUGUUUGAAAAGUUUGCAACAAGUAAAACAUGAGUAUUCUUUGGUGAAAAGCAAGCUUGAGACUCUUUUCAAGAUGGAGCAGGAGGUUUUGGCUUCACGUAUAUCAGAUCUCAAAGUAGAGUGA